CUAGUAACCUCUCAUCCCUAAGUAUUGUUUUUUUACUUUUAUGAGCAUCUAAUUGUACCGACUUAAGUAAAAUAAUUAAUUAAACAAAACCUAACUGAAACGUGGGAACAAUGGUGAAUGACUCUGGUCUAUCGACAGUGGACGACUUGGAGCAAAAACUGAAUUCGGCCAAGCAGUCGCUGGUGAUCCUAAAUGAAAACAUUCGCCGCAUUGCUGGUCGCGUCCCCAAGGAAUCCCUGCAGAGAUCGGAAAAAUUCAAAUACACCCAAGAUGGCAAGAAGAACGAGCACAAUGGGGACCGACCGUUCCCCCGAAAUGCAACACCCGGUGGGGUCUUCAAAGACAAGCGGCGAAUGUACGAAAGCAAGAAUCCAAUUUCCCGUUUCCCAAUCGAAGAAAACGAGGGUCGUCCGCCACGGAUUAACUCGCGGGUCAUCCGGGAGAUGCCAACUAAAAAGGAGAUUGUCGAGGCACAGGGCACAGACUCUGAGUCGAGGGCCAGGAAUCGCAGGAUGUUCGGAUCGCUGUUGGGAACCCUACAGAAGUUCUGUCAGGAGGAAUCGCGACUGAAGAGCAAGGAGGAUAAAAAGGCUGAGAUCGAUAGGAAGGUGGAAAAGCAGGAACUGCAGGAAAGAGCGAUGCUGAGGAAACAGCGUGAAACACUAUUCUUAGAUAGGAAAAAAAAGCAAUUCGAGAUCCGUAGAUUAGAGUACAAAAUGGCCAGAAUGAAGGACUUCAAGGUCUGGGAAGCAACUAUGUUGAAUGCGAAAAAUAACAUCCGAACAAAAACGAAACCACAUCUGUUCUUUAGGCCAAAAGUGCAUUCGCCUAGAACGGAAAAAUUGUUGAGCAAAAGCAAAAGUGAAGCUGAUGUGUUUAUAGAAUUCCGGCGCGAAGAAUUGGAAGUUGAGCUUAAAAACUUGGAGAACAUGAACUUUGGGAAGAUGGAAGACGAUACUGCAAUAGACGAAAGUUUCUAUGAAGAGCCUGACGACGAAGAGCAGUUGGAUAAGUCUUUAUUAUACGUUAAGUAAAGUACCCAAAAGUAAAUGAUGCUAUUCUAGGAAUAAAGGAUUACAACUAAUGCAAUUUAACAAAUUAUUUGCAAAAGCAAUUGUUUUACUUCACCGAAUGAAGGGGUGUUUAAGAACAUCAAUUUGUGGACAAAACCAGUUAUUCUUUAUUGCCAUUAUUUAUGUCCUACUAGAAAUAAAACUUGGAAAAAAAAAAUUGUUUACUGCAAGCAAGCUAUAUUUGUAUCUUUCAAAAGAAUUUGUAAAAUUGUAAAUAAAACUAAAAAAUAUUUUACACGCAAGAUAUUGGAUCGCGAAAUAGGAACAUUAAAUACCUAAUUAUGUAUUUAUAGAUAUAAUCAUCCUGAAGCUAAAUCACAUAUUUUAUUCUCGCUUCCAAAUUGUUUGAGGAAGUAACUAAUUUAAAAUGAGGCGUUAAAACAAUUAUAAUUCUUUAAGCGAUAAGUUAAGAACUCUUAUAAGAUAAUUAUACCUUCUUCGCCGUCUAUUAACAUUAUUAAUUAAGACCAGUAGUCAGAAGCAAUUAAUGAAAAAAUAAUAUGUUAACCUCUGAUUCUUGUACUGUAUUCGUGUAAAAAAAGAACAUUGUUUUUCUGAAAAUAAAAUGAGAGCAUUGACAUCCGCC